GUGGGCAGGGGCGGACUGACCAUUUGGAAACUUGAGGGCCCGGGAUCAGUAGGGGGCCCCAUGAGAUGCCCCUGGUACCUUUUUGGGCAAGGACACAGGGGCCCCAUGAUCCCCUAUUGCCCCAUGAGUUGUCAGUCUGCUCCUGGGGGCGGACUGACCAUUGGGGAACUCAGGCACUGCCAGAGGGCCCGGGGUCAGUAGGGGGCCCAUGAGAUGUCCCUGAUACCUUUCAUAGGCUUUUUUGAGUGUGGUUUGAGUGUGGGCGAGGACACAGGGGCCCCAUGAUCCCCUAUUGCCCGGGGGCCCCAU